AAGCCAUGGGAAGCAAGCCAAUUAGCAGCGUUUCUCCUCGGCCUCUGCUUUGGUUCUUGCCUCUAGGUCUCUGCCUUGGUCUCCUGCCCUGACUUUCCUCAGUGACGUACUGUGACAGAGUUAAUCAUGGUGUCAUGGAAGGGGAUUUAUUUUAUACUCUUUCUGUUUGUGGGAAGCUUUUUCGGAAGUAUUUUUAUGCUGGGUCCCAUUAUUCCUUUGAUGUUUAUAAACCUGUCAUGGUAUCGCUGGAUCAGCAGCCGCCUUGUGGCUAUGUGGCUCACACUUCCUGUGGCAUUGUUGGAGACAAUGUUUGGUGUCAAAGUGGUUAUAACAGGUGACGCAUUUGUACCUGGAGAAAGGAGUGUCAUCAUUAUGAACCAUCGGACCAGAGUAGACUGGAUGUUCCUGUGGAAUUGUCUGAUGAGAUACAGCUACCUCAGACUGGAGAAAAUUUGCCUCAAAUCCAGUCUCAAAAGUGUUCCUGGAUUUGGCUGGGCCAUGCAAGCUGCUGCCUUUAUCUUCAUUCAUAGGAAGUGGAAGGAUGAUAAGAGCCAUUUUGAAGACAUGAUUGAUUAUUUUUGUGACAUUCAUGAACCACUCCAACUUCUCAUCUUUCCAGAAGGAACUGACCUCACAGAAAACAACAAGACUCGGAGUAAUGAUUUUGCUGAGAAGAAUGGACUUCAAAAAUACGAAUAUGUCUUACAUCCAAGAACUACUGGCUUCACUUUUGUGGUGGACCGUCUAAGGGAAGGUAUUUAUAUGAAGACUGUGUUCCAGGAUGUCAUGGGUGAGAAGGCCAGGCAGCCUGCCCUGGAGUUCAUAAUCCAGUCUGGAAUACCAUUUAGAGUAACACAGUUUCCACCAGGAAAUAAUGGUAAGAACCUCGAUGCUGUCCAUGACAUCACCGUGGCAUAUCCUUACAACAUUCCUCAAACUGAGAAACACCUCCUCCUUGGAGACUUUCCCAAGGAGAUCCACUUCCAUGUCCAUAGGUAUCCAGUCGACACCCUUCCCACUUCCAAGGAGGAUCUUCAGCUCUGGUGCCACAAGCGGUGGGAAGAGAAGGAAGAGAGACUGCGCUCCUUCUACCAAGGGGAAAAAAGCUUUCAUUUUACUGGACAGAGCACAGUUCCACCUUGCAAGUCUGAGCUCAGAGUCCUUGUGGUCCAGCUGCUGUCCAUACUGUAUUGGACUUUGUUCUGCUCUGCAGUGUGCCUGCUCAUAUAUUGGUACCGCCUAGUUUGGUGGUAUUUCAUAAUCAGCAUUGUGUUUUUUGUGCUGCAGGAGAGAAUAUUUGGUGGACUGGAAAUCAUUGAACUUGCGUGUUACCGUUUUUUCCACAAGCAUCCACAUUUAAACUCAAAGAGAAACAAGUAAGACGGUUGCAUUCACCACAUAAAACCCUAGGAGCAUUAUGGAAAUGUCACAGCCUUCGUAAACCGAGAUGAGUUUUUGCAUGACUAUGUCAAAUGUUUCUUACUAUCAUCAUUCUUUGUUAAAGAUAUUUUGCACUUAAUUUUCUGGGGAAAAUAUUGCUACAGUUUCUUUAAACUCUCUGAAUGUAAUUCCAGUGCUGCAUAUGUAGCAGGGGUCAAUCAUUAUGAAUAACUCGGGCCAGAAUACUAGAAACAAUCAGGAGGCUGUUGAGACAAGAUACAAGCUUUUCUGAAAGGGUCAGCCCACUUCUGACAGGCUGCCAGUCCAAAGGCAGGCCUGGCACCAUGACCAUGUCCCAGCACUGUAGGCGGGUGGUAUCCUGCUCUCCUGUGGGGCUCCGUCCAUCUAUCCUUUCAUCCUUUUACAGCCUUCAAACCCCAACCACAAUUGUCUUGUCCUAAACUGACCACCAUUUUAUAGGGAGCCCUUCAUUGCUCACUCACAAAGCCUUGAGCUGAAGCCGCCAGCAGGAGGCCCCUUUCUCACCUGGAAGUCACACCUCACUCUGCUCAGGGAGCACCUGCAGGCUCUCCAGUUGGAUUCUAAAGGACAGAAACUGGCUCAGCUUGCUCCUCAUUCGGUCCUCAUUCCCUCCUGCUCCUUAGCAGGUGUAGCUUCAUUAUCAGUGUGAACGGACACAUGGAAAGGUAUAUUAGAACAUUCUUGUAUUUCAGACAGAAACGGUCUUAUGAAAUAUUGCUUUAGAACCUACACACAGUGGUAUCAGGUGUGUAUACUAUGCAUGUAGGGUGUCUACCUUUUGCCAUCAGAGCUACAACAAAAAUGCCCACAGACAGGAUGUUAUAGCCAAAGCCCCCAAGCCUUGAUCAGUUUCACUCUUAAAACUAAAAAUGCUAACCCAGAAUGAACCCUUUCAUUGAGAUCAAGGACUCCCUUGCUAACUCUCUCAGCAGUAACAUUUAUACCCACACACAUACCAGCUGUUUACCAAAUAGCCCUAUCAUCUGGAAGCCAUGAAAACCCAGCAGACCAAUAGCAUCAUUGACCUGGGUAAGAGAAGCAUGUGGCCAUUGUUCCCACAGAGCUACAUGGGCCUGUCUUUGUCAUUGACUGGGGCGGGGGCACAGGCACAGACACAUAAAACUGUUCAGCUGUUAGCAAACCUGUCAAUCCCCCACCCAGCCGCCGCUGGGCACUCUCAGGAGCUAUCACUGCCCUGUGUAUUCAGACCAGAAUUCACCUUCCUACUCAGCUUAGCAGUACAUUCUCUAAGAAAGCCCUGGUGGGGACACAGCACAGUUAGUGGAUCAUGUUUAGUUUAUUUCUUUGGAGCUUGUGUUUAAAAUGUGGGAGAGUGUUUGUGAGGGGUGCCGCUACGGAAGCACACCAGCCUGAAUUUAACUGCUCUAUCAAAGCUCAGUUCAAUUCUGCCAGGAGCUUCCUAAUUAGUUUCUGUGCACAUCUGCUCUCAACACAGCUGUUUGACGUUAGAGUUUUUAAGGUUAAAAACACACACAAAAAAGAGCAACCUUUUUUUCCCUUUCCCUUAAUGAGAAAGACUGCAAUUUUAAGAUUUUCUGCAACUUCCUUGGAUCACAUUUAAACAUGGAAAUAGCUAACAAUCAAAAUUACAUUUGUUUCCCAGGUAAAAGAGAAAAAGCUUCUCUCUCUGCACACAGUACCUGGGAUUACCCAGCAGUGAUGCCCAUUUCAUUGUGUGUCCUCAAACCCUUUGCCUCUUAUUCACCCUUCAACGGGAAGAUCUCCCUCCUCUUUUGAUCACAGAAAACAUGCUUAAGGUAGGAAAACCUUAAUUUUAUUAUCUACCCCAAAUUCAUAAUUCUAAGUAUAGCACUAAAACUAGAGAAAUUGCUUUAAGAGAAAUUUCUCCAGAAGGAAAAAGAAAAUCCCCUUUUAAAUAAAAUUUAAAUAUUUAAUAUUUAAAUAAAAUGAUUAUUUGUUUUUACCUACAUAUUUAGCUUUGUUAAAUUUUUAUUAACUUUAUAUAUAUAAUAUAUAUUACAUAUAUAAUAUAAUGAUUUUGAGCAUAAAACUGCUUUAAAUCAAUCCUUGAUGGUAGUUGGCCUUAGAAAUGACCCAUUACACCCCACCCUUCAGCCAGAGCUUCUAGCAGUUGGCAGCCCUGCUACAGCAGAACCUAGCCCCUGCUCCAUGUGAUGGUGAACCUGAGGGACCGAAAUGCUCACAGCACUAGCUGGCUAGUUGACCCCAUUCUGGGAGAUUUUAAGUAUAGUAGUUGUGGGUUAUUUAUAAUGUAAACCAUUUCACUUUACAGUAUGAACCAAUAAGGAGGGGAACUGGCGAGGUGACAGGUUUCCACAGUAGGUAUCUUUGCAAUAAGUUCAAGGAAUCCUGAACUUAAGUCAGGCUACAUGAGGAAAGACUGAAAACGAAAUUCAUAAGUAUCUGAAAGAACUUAUAUCCUAAGACUAAAACCCUGCCUCUGUGUGCUCUCAACAUAGACGAGAAAGAACUAGCAUCUUCCACUCAUGCACUCUAGUGGUGGGCACUCCACAUGCAGACCACAUAUUGGUAACCAAGCCUGAGUUCUGCAGACAGACAGAUUUCCAUUUCACCUGCUCUCAAGCUCUGGCCCAAUAGAGAUGCUCCAGUACAGUCAUAAAGACUAGCAGAAGGAGCCUGUUGGUGGUAAAUUGUUUACAUUUCUUUAUAUAAAAUAAUGUGCUUUCAGUGCCUUAGUUACGGGUCCCCUUCUUUUUCCUGUUCCAAGAGUUCUAUAACGUAUCCUUAACGUCUCUCCUUGUCACUCAUUAGGAGGAGAAAAUGGUGUCUCAAUACUGGUCAUUGGUUGACAGAAACAAAACACUAUGUUGUAACUUUGAGAAAAGAGCUGGACGCUGAGCUAGUGGCUAGUGUUCUAACUUAACUGUAGAAGAUGAAAAUGGCUUGGCCGUACAAUGAACUUCAGACUAAAUAGGACUCUAAAGGUGUCUUGUACCUUAAAUUUUUAUUUCAGAGUCUUGGUUUUGGUAACUCGUUUUUAAAAGAUCAUUAUGUGGAGAACACCAAGUUUUAAAAAUAACUCACAGAAUGGCCUUAGCUUUCCGUGUCCACUGGAAUGUUGUGAGUUGUUAUUUGUAAUAUGCAUCCAGAAUAAAGUGGAGUGAAUCACA